AGCUGAGCCACAAAUUGAUCUCAACUGAAACUGACAAUAGUCAGCAAGUGAUUGGAAAUGAUUGUUCUAACAAGCUAAGCGGUAUGGGAGAUAUCUGCAGAUAUCUCCUUCUAAGAUUGAGUAUUCGAAAUGGAAUUCGUCGAUGGCCAGACUCUGGAGAACAUGCAAUCUGCAACAUUGCCGCAUCAUAUAACAACAUUCAACAUUGUUAUGACGGCCAUUUCGGCAUUUAUGCGUUUCUUAACAAUCAUACUGAACUGCUGUCUGGCCUAUGAGUAUUGGAGAAGCGAAUCGUACACCUACUGCCACUGGACAAUUAUGUCCAUAGUAAUACCCUUGUUUAUAACGACGCUAAUCUAUGCACAUGUACUAAUUGCUAGCAACUCGGGCAAACAACCCGUUGCUCACACACGCCAAUUUUGGAGACUUGUGGUUUCCUACCUAUUUCGCGACGCAUCGACCUUAAAUUGGGCAUUGAAAUACACCGAGGCAAAGAGGCGUGGCGAUAAGUUUGCCGAAAUUGAAUGCUACCGCAGGUAUUUGAAGGAGGACUGUAACAUUGGCUUCCUUCGACUCUUCGAUUCAUUCUUGGAAACGGCCCCGCAGAAAAUCCUGCAGCUCGCCAUAGUUUUGCAAAAUACGAAAAGCUUAACGUAUGUACGCGGGCUCACAUUUUUGGUCUAUUUUCUCAGUCUCGCCUGGUGUUUGGUGGCCUAUAACCGAUCGAAUCGAUUGGUGCAGCUGGAUAAAUACGAUAUAGGCACCAAGGGGCUCAUUGUGCAGUUCUGGUUUCUGCUCUGUCUGACGGCAUCGCGCACCAUUUGCAUAGCCUAUUUGGCCAGUAUAUUUCCCAUGGAAACAUUUGCCGCCUGUCUUCUCCACUUGCUGCUUUGUGGCACUGUUGUCUUCAUAGCGGACACUCCGAAGUUUGCCAAAACUGCAUUGACUAACUACAUUUUGUGUCUGGCAUUUGGCGCUGUUUAUAUAUUCAUAUUCACGCCCGUCUCCGAUGGACCCACAAAGUAUAAGUAUAUCAUUUAUUUGCUGCUAUGCUUUUUGCAAAAUGUCGUCGCUUGUAUAUUUUGGAUUCCAUUAUAUUUGGCCAGUUGGAUUAAUGCUUUUUAUAUAAUAGGCAUAUUGCUUAUGAUUUAUUAUUAUCUCGAAUGCCAUCCCGGUAUUACGUCUGCCGUAUUUUAAGAACAAAACAAGUAGUAGUAG